UGAGCCCCUGGUUGAUUGUGUGGCCUGAUGGACACCGAUGACGGAGGUGCUGCAGGCGGGCGGCCGUGUGUCGAUGGCAGUGGCUGCCGCGACGUCCUGCACAAGAUACACUCGGUGAGGGACGAGGGGAAGAGGAGGGCUCACCAGGUCCAUCGCUGUGUUGGGAUUGCCUGGCAGGUCGCCUCUCAGAUUGCCUCUGAUGCUGAGAGGGCAGAGCACAUCAUAGCCACACACGCCGACGACAAAUCACAGGUCCGCACGGAGACACCACAGUCAGCCGAGCUGCACAACUUGCUGGGCGUCUGUUUCGGUGGUGCAGGAUGUUGCAUCGCUGGCCGGCAGCCUAUCCACCAUACUGGACACCCUCACCGACGCCCAGUCGGCCCUCGGCAACGAGUUGGCACAGAUGUCCAGUGACCGCGACACACACGUGAGGAUUGCAUGGGAAGACCGAUAAUGGCUCACAAAGGCCGACAAGCAGUGACGUCCAUCUCUCUCUCCUCUGUGCGUGUUUGGGUCAAUGUCAGCGGAUGGAAGGCGACGGCAGGCUGUUUCGCUGUAUCCACCGGGUGGGCGGUGCAGUAGGAGGACGGGCGGCAGAGCCAGCAAUGCCGGUCGGUGUGCACAUGGAUACACAGACAGACAGACAGACAGACAGAUGGAUGGACCAGCAUCUAUCUGUGAUGCUUUCUUGGUGUCCAUCCAGGUGCCUGUUGGCGACGGAGGUAAGCGCGCGUGUGUAGCUAUCAGCCCGGCUGCCGCUGCUGCAACUGCGAAUAGCAAAAGUACACCAACCACACAGAGGUGAAAGUACUGAGAAUCCCAUGUUGUGCUGUCUUGUGUUUUGCCUUUGCCGGGUGGGUCGGUUGGUGUCUGCGGUGCUGCAGCAGCGACACCAAGGCCGAUGAACAAACCAAAGGUGACACUAAAAGUGGCAACCACUAUGACUGCCUUCACCAGUGUGCACAUGUGUGGGUGUCAGAAGUACGGCCGUCCGAGUCUGUCUGGUCUGCCUGAGGACGUCUUCAGCCACCUGGACUCCUUCGUCACCAGCAUCGUCGUCUCCCGGCUGGCCAAGGUCAACAAGGAGACUCACCAGAAGGCCACCGACCAGAACCUCGGCAUGUUCCGGCACUUCACCCUGACGAGCGACGAGGAAGAGACCUACAGAAAGGUCAAGGGCGUCAGGGAGAUGCAGCACAUGGUGAGAGGGCUGGGAUUGGGAGGGACACAUGGGUGGGUGGGUGGAUGGAUGGAUGCUUUCUGGUCUGUGCGUGUGGAUGCAGGGGAAGAUCCAGACGGCCCACAUCGAGAGCUCCAGUGUGCCCGCGUGUCUGUCGAGGUGCCUGGAGGCGUCGAGGCUGACGCUCACCCGGCUGACCGUGAUAGCCCCUGACCAGCCGCGCUCUGCCCCGCGGGCCCCCAUCGAUAUGCGUCGUGCGCCUGCCCUGCCCACCCACUUCCCAAACAUCACACACAUGACCAUCCAGUCGGCUGCAUGGCUCAGCCACCUCAGGUGAGUAUGAGGCGUGUGUGUGUGUGUGUGUGUCUUUCCAAGCACCGUCACUCUUUCUUUCUGUGUGAAUGCGUUUAGGUAUCGUCAAUGGACUUUUCCCAACUUGAGGGCCCUUCGGGUGGGCAGCAUCUACGAGUCGGCCGACCUGAUGGCACUGCUCGACGCGAUGCCCAUGAUCGAGCGGCUGGAGGCAGCGUGCAUCGGCUUCUACGACGAGGAACAGGAGGCAUUUCUCGCCCUUCUCGGUGGCCGCCCCCACCUGACCACCGUCACCGGCCUGCAGACCUACAUGGAAGAAUGCUACCCCAGCUACAGAUUCGGCUGUGAAAACGAGGUCAAGAAGGCCGUCGAUGCCAACUGGAGCAAACAGGACAACGAAGGUGACUCGAACCGAACGAACAAAUGAUGCGUGAAGCGGAUGAAAUCUCGGUGCCGUGUGCGCCCUUCCUCCCUCUCUCGGAUGAAUGAGUGCAGGUGUGCCCAAGAAGCUGGGGUUCGUCGUGCCGCGUUUGUGGAUCGGUGUGGACUACGGCCAACAAAAGGCGGCCGAUGUGGAGGCCUUCAGAAAGUGGGCCGAGGAGGUCAACUGUGAGGUCAAGUGGGAGCUGGGCGAAGACGGCGGCAUGAACAUCGACUGCAGCAGCAGCGGUGCCACUGCCCUCCCAGCGCCCGGCGGAUUCUUCGGCGAUUUCGCGACGCAGAUGGCCGCCAAAGCAAAAACGGUGAGCAAGCAAGAAAGCUAUGAAGGCCGAGCGCAUCUGUUCAUGUCUGUGUCAUGUAGGUGUGUUUGUAUGUGGGUGGCUCUCCGCUGCACGAGAGCUGGCGCGACAAGCUGGCCUUCCCCAAUGCCAAGAAGCUCUUCAUCGAAGACCAUGAAAUGGGCGUGAGCGCCUCAGAAGCGGAGGACAGCAUACCCACCUGGCUCGCCAACGAUGACGCAGACGGAGAGAGGGCGGCGUGUAGUGGGUUCCCCUCUGUAGAGCACCUGAGUGUCGGUUUCCUGUCAUACCUCUCUGUCGAUGAGAUGUGUGAGCAUCCGAGCAAGCUGAGCCUGCUGCUGGGGGGCCUCAGGUCAGUCAGGCAAGUCAGCUUCUCUUCUCCCAUCUGGUGCCUCUCGGCUGCCUGUGAGCUGCUGUCCUACCUGCCUGUCACACACCUGGAUGAGGUCACCUUCCUCGACACACCUGAAGAGAGCACCGGGGUGCACAUAGAGGGGGGCCUGGGGUGUCCACGCAUUCAGUGCAUGUGCAGUGGGAGGAUGAGUUUUGACAGAAAGGCGCGUGUGCAGUCGUUUCUGCGGCUGGUGCUCACACUGCGGCCAGUCAGUGUGCGUCUCUCUCUCCGUGCUGAUAGGAGCGAUCUGCAGGGGGCCGAUGAGGCCCCUAGAAUACGCGAUCUGCGCGGCUUUGCGUGUGAGUGUUUCGAGGAGGUCGAGGCACACUACAGCGUGACGGGGGGAAAGAUUGAGGACACGAGGGGCGGGUACUAUUACACGCUGAAUGUGCAGCUGGCGGCCAAGUGAGUGAGCCGAUGGUGCACAGUGGUGUGGGCGGGACUGACCUGUUGUGUGUCAGUGAGGGAUUGAUAAUGGUGUGUUAGAGUGUUUGGACGAGGGGAUGGCUGCUGUGUAUGAGGCUGGCCUCGCCCUUAUGGCCCUGACUGGUGUGUGCUCGAUGGACACAUGUGAUUGAUGCGCGGGAUGGAUGUCGGUGAAUGUUUGUGUGUGGUGGGAGACAAUGACCACUGCAUCUUCACAUUGAUUGAG